CGUCACGGCAUUUGCUUAUGUUUGUUUUUUGUGCAAUUGAUUUCAUACGGUGUUUGGCAGAGUGUGUGUUAUCUUCUGUCUACAUCGAGUGCUUGGUAGAAUGGGUUCUAAGAAGAAGAAGGCUGGAAGACAUGUAAACAAAGCGGCACCCAAUUUUAGUGCAUCUGUUCGUAAUCUAUCUAAGAGUGAUUUAGGAGCAGUUAUCUUUGGAUGUAAACAUUAUACAAUUCAAGAAUGCUUUUCCAAGAAGUUAUUUGGAUUGCCACAUCUACAUUCUCAAUAUGUGAAGAAGGUUAGUCCUGGGCUUCCACUUUUUCUUUUUAACUAUAGUGAUCGGAAGCUUCACGGUAUAUUCAAGGCUGUUGGUAAUGGACAAUUAAAUAUUGAUCCACAUGCGUGGACUGGUGGUAGUGUGGAGCUCACAGAAUACCCUGCACAGGUGCAAUUUUAUAUCUACAAGAGGUGCCAUGCUUUGACAGAAGACCAGUUUUCCCCCAUCAUUGCUGAUAACUACUAUGCAACGAAGCUUUUUUGGUUUGAGCUGGACAAGUUUCAAACUGCUAAACUGAUUGAAUUGUUUUCAUCUUCAUCAGUGCCUAAUGAUGGUCUUCAUUCUCGCAAUAUUCCUAGAAUUACAAGUGAAGCUAGUACCUCUCUCGGACAGAGUAAUGCUCAUGUUCCAUUUGAACAGAAUAGAUGGAGUGCACUGUUGAGUGAUGAUUCAACUUCCGAUAUUGUGAACAAAGAUCGAAAUUUGAAUAUUGUGUCUUCACAGCCAAAUUCCCCCUUGUCUAUGCAAUCUAAUGAGGAAUGGAAAUCACCGGCUUCACAUUUAAUACACAAAAGUGGGGAAUUACACAAGGUCUGUGCAGAGGAGUGGGCUGAAGCUAGUACCUCUAUCGGACAGAGUAAUGCUCAUGUUCCAUUUGAACAGAAAGCUUGGAGUUCACUGUUCAAAGAUAAUUCAACUUCUGACAUGGUGAACAAAUUUGAAAAUUUGAAGAUUGUGUCUUCACAUCCAACUACCCCCAUGUCAAAGCAAUCUAAUGAGGAAUGGGAGUCACGGACUUCACAUUUAAUCAACAAAAGUGGGGAAUUACAUAAAGCCUGUGUAGAGGAGGAGUGUGUUGAGUUGAGGCAAUUUGUUGAAACGUUGAAGGAUAGGCAAAGAAAACAAGAAGAAAAAAUUUGGACUCUUGAGAAGGAACUGGUUCAAUCAAGAUAUGAAUAUAAAAAAUUACAAAAUUGGUGUAAUCUAUUGCAAGCUGGACCAGGGCCUUCAAGCCAGCAGUUUGAAGGAGUUGAUUUUGAACCACUAAACUGCAAUCUUAAGACGGAUGAUUAUGCACUUGUAGUGGGAGGGUUCGAUGGGUAUGCUUUGUUGCAUGAAAUGAGUUCAUACUCUCCAUUGCAUGAUCGGAUGGAAUCUCUUAGCCCAAUGACAUUUUGUCGUACAUACCAUUCUGUAGCAAAUUUGAACAGUGAGGUUUAUGUAUUGGGUGGUGUGUAUGGUGACGAGACCUAUGACACAGUUGAAUCAUAUAAUCCAAAGACAAAUCAAUGGUGUCAAAGGCCUUCACUAAAUCAGAAGAAACAAAGUCUUGCUGGAGCAUCUUUGUACGACAAAAUUUUUGCAGUUGGUGGUGUAAAUGGGGUGGAAUAUUUUUCGGAGGUGGAAAUGCUUGACUUGAAUGUAGGAAAGUGGAUCCAUUCUGGAUCAAUGCUUGAAAAGCGGGUUGCAACAGCAGCGGUAGAAAUUAAGGGUGCUCUCUAUGUGGUUGGUGGUAUGGAUGGGCGAGAUUAUUUAAAAUCUGCUGAAAGAUUUGACCCAAGGGAGCAUACAUGGAGAAGAUUAGCGAACAUGAGAACGAAGAGGGCAUACCAUUGUUUGGUUGCAUAUAAUGAGAAAUUGUAUACUCUCGGUGGCUAUGAUGGAGAAAGGAUGGUCCCAAGUGUUGAAGUUUUUGAUCCUCGGGUUGGUUCUUGGAUGAUGGGAGAGCAGAUGAAGGACUCUAGAGGUCAUUUCGGCUCAGUUGUGAUUGGUGGAAAGAUAUAUGCCAUUGGGGGGAUAAACAACAGUGAAGAAAUUUUAGCAACGGUCGAAUGUUACGAAGAUGGAUGUGGGUGGCAGCUGACUAACCUGAAGGGUGUUGGAAAGAGAUUUGAUUUCUCUGCCAUUGUAUUGUGAGUUCUGCAGUGUCCUAACUCAUCGUAAAUAGAUGACUUUUGUCUGGCAAUACUAACACCAUGAGAAAUGUAUGACUUGGAGAAUUAGCUAUGCUCUGCUCAUUUCAUAAAAAGUUGUAUACACCAAAGUUGGU